GUAUUACUCUUGGAUACUAGAAUUGCAAUGGCAUAUGUUCCGCGAACACCAAUUGUAUCAUUUUCGCGUUUAUCGUUCGUGCUUUUGACUCAUGAUCAUGUUUAUUUUCGAAUAAUCAAGCAGAAAUUUAGGGCAAUAAUGCAUUCGUGGAAGAACAUUUUAGUCGUCGUCGGUUGCUUACUGGCCGUAACUCUCGCAAAAGAGGGCAAAAAAUGUGGACUGCCACCGUUUGUCGUGGAGAUGCCUGACGAAGAGCAGAAAGAGGUGAAAACCAUAUGGCGUAACUACAAGAAAGGUGACGAUUGUGGAGAAUUAAGAGAGCAAACCAAAGCUGUGGUUAGUAGCAUUCCCGUAUUGUUUCAUCAGUAA